GACGCGUUGUCGUCGGGCGGGAGCAGUUAUAGAGAGCGCGAGAGACUUUCAACUGUAGAAAUAUUCUUCAUUGACAAGUGUGCACUUCUCUCCGAUCAUGGCUGCAAGUGUGGAGAAAAUUGGCAUCGUUGGAAGCGGUUUAAUAGGCCGUAGUUGGGCGAUGCUGUUCGCAAGUGCAGGGUACAGCGUAGUACUAUUUGACAUUGUGGAAGAACAAACGAAGACAGCCUUAGAUGAUAUUCAGCAACAGUUAAAACGACUCGAGAAAGACGGACUUCUACGCGGGAAACUUACUGCUGAUCAACAGUACAAUCUUAUCAGUGGGUCUUCGAACUUAGCAGAGACUGCUAAAGGUGCUACGCUUAUUCAAGAAUGUACCCCAGAGAACUUGACACUCAAGAUAAAUGUUUUCACUGAACUGGAUGAGGUUGUUGAUGACAAAGUGAUCUUGUCAUCGUCGACCUCUACCUUACGUCCAUCUCUCUUCAGUGAGAAGCUUAAGCACCGCCAGCAAGUUGUCGUGUCCCAUCCUGUGAAUCCUCCAUAUUAUGUACCUCUCGUUGAAAUUGUACCAGCUCCUUGGACACGACCCGAGAUACCAGCAAAAGUGAAAGAAAUUAUGCUCAAAACAGGCCAAGCUCCUGUUACAUUAAGCAGAGAAAUCGAUGGUUUUGUACUCAACCGAAUACAAUAUGCAAUCCUUUGCGAAGUAUGGAAUUUGGUAGCAGAUGAUGUUGUGGAUGUGAAGGACAUAGACGUAGUAAUGAGUGAAGGAUUAGGAAUGCGCUAUGCUUUUCUCGGUGCUCUGGAAACAGCUCAUCUCAAUGCGGAAGGUUUCAAAAAAUACUGUGAGGUAUACGGAAAGUCAAUCCGUGGGACCAGCCUAAAAUUAGGACCUGUUCCGACAUUCGACCAAAAAACUGUAGAUAAAAUCAGUGACCAGUUGAAUGAGAUUACUCCACUGGAAAAACUUCAGGAGAGGCGUGCGUGGAGAGACACAGCCUUGACAAAACUUUCACAGUUGAAAAAGGAAAUGAAGAACGUAUAAAAUGUGUAUUAUUUGUAAGUUUACCGACCACAACUUGCACUGUUAUAUUGAUAAAGAUUGAUAAAUAAAUAAACCAAAAUACAGCUUA